AUGAUGGACCUGAAGGUGGACGAGGAGGAGGUGGAGAACGGGCAGCCGGUCAGCAUCGAGACAUUCGCCAGCAGCUCCACGCUGCAUGGCCUGUCCCACAUCUUCUCCUACGAGCGCCUGUCAGUCAAGCGCAUCUUCUGGACCCUGUGUUUCCUGGGCUCCUUGGCUGUGCUGGUCUUCGUCUGCAAUGAGAGGAUCCAGUACUACUUUCGCUACCCUCACGUCACCAAGCUGGACGAGGUGGCUGCUAGCCACAUGACCUUCCCAGCCAUCACCUUCUGCAACCUCAACGAGUUUCGCUUCAGCCGGGUGACCAAGAAUGAUCUGUACCACGCUGGGGAGCUCCUCGCCCUGCUUAAUAGCAGGUACGAGAUUCCGGACACCCAAAUGGCUGAUGAGAAACAGCUGGAGAUUCUGCAGGAGAAGGCAAAUUUCCGCAACUUCAAGCCCAAACCUUUUAACAUGCGGGAGUUCUCGGACCGAGCUGGCCAUGAUAUCCAGGAAAUGCUGCUCUCCUGCUUGUUCCGUGGGGAGCCGUGUGGCCCCGCUGACUUUAAAGUGGUUUUCACCCGCUACGGAAAGUGCUACACCUUCAAUUCCGGCCAGUCUGACAAGCCACCCCUCAUCACCAUGAAAGGGGGCACUGGCAAUGGCUUGGAGAUCAUGCUGGACAUUCAACAGGAUGAAUACCUUCCGGUCUGGGGCGAGACAGAUGAGACAUCCUUUGAAGCUGGGAUUAAAGUGCAAAUCCACAGCCAGGAUGAGCCACCCUUCAUUGACCAGCUGGGAUUUGGAGUGGCACCUGGCUUCCAAACAUUUGUGUCCUGCCAAGAGCAGCGGCUUAUCUACCUUCCUCCACCUUGGGGUGACUGCAAGUCAGUGACAGUGGAGUCUGAAUUCUAUGACACCUAUAGCAUCACUGCUUGCCGCAUCGAUUGUGAAACCCGCUACUUGGUGGAGAACUGCAACUGUCGUAUGGUGCAUAUGCCUGGUGACGCUCCCUACUGCACCCCUGAACAGUACAAAGAAUGUGCAGAUCCAGCCCUUGACUUCUUGGUGGAGCGGGACAAUGAUUAUUGUGUAUGUGAGAUGCCUUGCAACGUCACACGUUAUGGUAAAGAGCUGUCCAUGGUGAAGAUCCCCAGCAAGGCCUCAGCCAAGUACUUGGCCAAGAAAUACAACAAGAGUGAACAGUACAUUGGGGAGAACAUACUCGUUCUGGACAUUUUCUUCGAAGCUUUGAACUAUGAAACUAUUGAGCAGAAGAAAGCAUAUGAAGUAGCUGGACUGCUGGGUGACAUUGGGGGACAGAUGGGACUGUUUAUUGGGGCCAGUUUACUGACUGUGCUUGAGCUUUUUGACUAUGCCUAUGAGGUUAUUAAGUUCCACCUCUGUCGCCGUGACAAGUGUGAGAAGAAACACAAAGGGAACAACAGUGACAAGGGUGUUGCCCUGAGCCUGGAUGAUGUGAAGCGCCAUAAUCCAUGUGAGAAUAUCCGAGGCCAUCCAGCAGGCAUGACAUACGCAGCCAACAUCCUACCUCACCACCCAGCCCGAGGAACUUUUGAGGAUUUUACCUGUUAA